GUAAAUGAGAAUGGGGAGGAUGGUGGCGGGGGGAGGGACCAGGACGGAUGGAGCUCGGAGGUAGAGGCGGGACUUAAGAAAUCGCAGGAGCACAUUGGUUCACCGUAGACCAGGGGGAGGACCUCGAACACCCUUUCAUUGUGAUUAGUCGAAAUAAGUGAAAGAGGGGCCGUGAUGAGGGAGAGAGGCGCCAGAGCCUAUCUUGAUUGGUGAAGAUUUCCCGGAGGCGUGACAUCCUAGGCGGCUGAUUGGCCUGAGGGCGAAGGUAGGCGGGGACGGAGGCCGGAGGUUUUGUUGUGAGGGUCGGUUGUCAAGCAGCGGCCAAUCAGGUCGGAGGAUGGAGUCAGGUGGGGGCCGCGCUGGGAGCUGAUCCACCGUCCGGGCAGCCGCCGCUGCAGCCGCCGCAGAUCAACAUAACUCUACAAUGGACGAAAACUGAUUCUUCAUGGUCUGGGAUAUAUACUGGCAGGCACAGACUGCUUGCUUGGAUGUUAUAAAACUGGACUUAACAAAGGGCCACAAAACAGGGAAUUGUCUCUGCCUGGAUGUGUCGAAACUACGCUCCAACUUGAGACUUGAGUCUGGGGGGGUUCUUCCCCCACCCCACUGGGAAAGUGGAGAGCUCCCCUUGCAAUCCUUUCUGGUUGGUUUGGGGGUGCACACCAACUGAAAGGAACAGCUGCAAAAAUGGCCACCCCUGUUGUUACCAAGACCGCAUGGAAGCUACAGGAAAUUGUGGCCCACGCCAGCAAUGUGUCUUCCUUGGUGUUGGGCAAAGGCUCAGGACGGCUCUUAGCAACCGGAGGAGAUGAUUGUCGGGUCAACCUGUGGUCAGUUAACAAGCCCAAUUGCAUCAUGAGCUUGACCGGCCACACGUCACCCGUGGAGAGCGUUCGACUCAACACCCCCGAGGAGCUCAUCGUGGCCGGAUCCCAGUCAGGCUCCAUUCGCGUAUGGGACCUGGAAGCUGCCAAAAUUCUUCGUACCUUAAUGGGACACAAAGCCAACAUCUGCAGCCUGGACUUCCAUCCCUAUGGGGAGUUUGUAGCCUCUGGUUCUCAGGAUACAAACAUUAAGCUCUGGGACAUACGGAGGAAAGGCUGUGUGUUCCGGUAUAAGGGACAUACUCAGGCUGUCAGAUGUCUUCGGUUUAGCCCCGAUGGGAAAUGGUUAGCAUCUGCUGCAGAUGACCACAGCGUGAAGCUUUGGGAUCUGACUGCUGGGAAGAUGAUGUCCGAGUUCCUGGGACACACGGGGCCUGUCAAUGUGGUAGAGUUUCACCCAAAUGAGUACCUCCUGGCUUCUGGCAGCUCUGACAGAACCAUCCGCUUCUGGGAUCUGGAGAAGUUCCAAGUGGUCAGCUGCAUUGAAGGGGAACCUGGGCCUGUCAGGAGUAUCCUCUUCAACCCCGAUGGCUGCUGCUUGUACAGUGGGUGCCAAGACUCCCUUCGAGUGUAUGGCUGGGAGCCUGAGCGCUGUUUUGAUGUGGUUCUGGUGAACUGGGGCAGGGUGGCUGACCUGACCACCUGCAACAACCAGCUGAUUGGUGUAUCCUAUGCCCAGAGCAAUGUUUCCUCUUAUGUGGUGGAUCUGAACCGGGUCACAAGGUCUGGGACUGUUGUGCAUGACCCAGUACAGGACAGCAGGCCUGUGGCUCAGCCCACACCCACCGGUUCCUCCAUCCGCCGAGGCUAUGAGAGGCCGGCAACGGCCUGCAGCAAGCCCCAGAGGGUGAAGCAGAACUCUGAGAGCGAGAGGCGCAGCCCGAGCAGUGAGGACGACCGUGACGAGCGUGAGUCCAGGGCUGAGAUCCAGAAUGCUGAGGACUACAAGGAGAUCUUCCAGCCCAAGAAUAGCAUCAGUCGGACUCCACCCCAGAGGAGUGAGCCAUUCCCCGCCCCUCCAGAGGAUGACGUGGCCAUAGCAAAGGAGGCCUCCAAGCCUAGCCAGGUCAUGGACAUCCAGCUUCCGAUGCCAAACAGAGGAAACUCUGACUUUGUGCCCAGGCUUCCUGUUGCCACCUCCACCCCGAUGCCCAAAGCUGAGCCUACUGUCAUUCCUGCUGCCAGAAAUGAGCCCAUUGGGCUCAAAGCCUCUGACUUCCUGCCUGCUGUGAAGAUGCCCAACCAGUCAGAGAUGGUUGAUGAAGAUGCCAUGUCCCAGAUCCGAAAGGGCCAUGAUACCAUGUGUGUGGUUCUGACCAGCCGUCACAAGAACCUGGAUACGGUGCGGGCUGUCUGGACCACAGGGGACAUCAAGACGUCCGUGGACUCGGCUGUUGCCAUAAACGACCUGUCCGUGGUGGUCGACCUCCUCAACAUAGUGAAUCAGAAAGCGUCUCUUUGGAAACUGGACCUCUGCACCACUGUCCUCCCGCAGAUCGAGAAGCUGCUUCAAAGCAAAUAUGAAAGCUACGUGCAAACGGGAUGCACCUCCUUAAAGCUGAUUUUGCAGCGGUUUCUGCCCCUGAUCACAGAUAUCCUGGCCGCCCCGCCCUCUGUGGGGGUAGACAUCAGCCGAGAGGAGAGACUCCACAAGUGCAGGCUGUGCUACAAGCAGCUAAAGAACAUCAGCCACUUCAUCAAGACCAAGUCGGGCCUCAGUGGCCGCCACGGCAGUGCCUUCCGGGAGCUGCACCUGCUCAUGGCCCCCUUGGACUGAAUGACCAGCACGUCCCCGUGCACGAACGUACAGCCUCUGCCCGGGUCCCUGCUCAGCCCAGCCCCAGGACCUCCACGCAGGGAGGAGGAUGGGGCUGGGCCGGGACUCGAGGCAGAGGACCCCCCCCCCCAGCUCUCGCCACCCCCAGGCUUUGUGGUUCUGUCCUGCAGCUCCCAGGCUGCAGUGUGGCCCGAAGCCCGGCUCUCUCACCCACACCGCCUUUCUUUCCAUUCUCCCCAUCCUGGACCCGCUUUGGGGCCCUGCCACAUCUGUCAGGUUGGGGCUUGUGUGGACUUUGUCCUGAGAGACGCGGACCUCCGCUCCAGCGACCACACAGUGCUCAGACACUCCUUGCCGGUGGUGGGCAGGCGCGUGGCUGCCACCCGGGGUCACAGCUCUGUGCAUCUCCUGGACAGGGAGGAGGAGCGAGGGCCACCUCGGGGCUCCUGCUGAUGACUUUGUUCUCCAAUAAACAGCUGUCCAACUUG